GCGCCGCCGAGAGCUGGGAGGCGGCGCCGCGCCCGGGAGGUCGUGUCGUGGGCGCCGUCCUAGUGGCGGGGAGCGCACCGCGGAGGGGACAUGCGAUCGGAGAAAUCCCUUACGUUGGCGGCGCCGGGGGAGGCCCGUGGGCCGGAGGGGGAGCAACAGGAUGCCGGAGACUUCCCGGAGGCCGGCGGCGGCGGCGGCGGCUGCUGUAGUAGCGAGCGGCUGGUCAUCAACAUCUCCGGGCUGCGCUUCGAGACGCAGCUGCGCACCCUGUCGCUGUUCCCCGACACGCUCCUGGGGGACCCCGGCCGCCGUGUCCGCUUCUUCGACCCGCUGAGGAACGAGUACUUCUUCGACCGCAACCGGCCCAGCUUCGACGCCAUCCUCUACUACUACCAGUCGGGGGGCCGGCUGCGGAGGCCGGUCAACGUGCCGCUGGACAUCUUCCUGGAGGAGAUCCGCUUCUACCAGCUCGGGGACGAGGCCCUGGCUGCCUUCCGCGAGGACGAGGGCUGCCUGCCCGAGGGUGGCGUGGACGAGAAGCCACUGCCCUCCCAGCCCUUCCAGCGCCAGGUGUGGCUGCUCUUCGAGUACCCGGAGAGCUCGGGGCCCGCCCGGGGCAUCGCCAUCGUCUCGGUGCUGGUCAUCCUCAUCUCCAUCGUCAUCUUUUGUCUGGAGACGCUGCCGCAGUUCCGCGCAGAUGGUCGAGGUGGAAGCAAUGGUGGUGGUGUCUCCCCGGUGUCCAGGGGCAGCCAGGAGGAAGAAGAGGAUGAAGACGAUUCCUAUACGUUUCAUCCUGGCAUCACCGCGGGGGGAAUGAUGGCAGGGGGCUCAUCCCCACUAAGUACCCUUGGGGGCUCCUUCUUCACCGACCCCUUUUUUCUGGUGGAGACGCUGUGCAUUGUCUGGUUCACCUUCGAGCUGCUGGUGCGCUUCUCCGCCUGCCCCAGCAAGCCAGCCUUCUUCCGCAACAUCAUGAACAUCAUCGACUUGGUGGCCAUCUUCCCCUACUUCAUCACCCUGGGCACCGAGCUGGUGCAGCAGCAGGGACAGCAGUCCGCCAGUGGAGGCGGCGGCCAGAACGGGCAGCAGGCCAUGUCCCUGGCCAUCCUCAGAGUGAUCCGCCUGGUCCGGGUGUUCCGCAUCUUCAAGCUGUCCCGCCACUCCAAGGGGCUGCAGAUCCUGGGCAAGACCCUGCAGGCGUCCAUGCGGGAGCUGGGUCUGCUCAUCUUCUUCCUGUUCAUCGGAGUCAUCCUCUUCUCCAGCGCCGUCUACUUCGCAGAGGCUGAUGAUGACGAUUCGCUCUUUCCCAGCAUCCCGGAUGCCUUCUGGUGGGCCGUGGUCACCAUGACCACAGUAGGUUACGGGGACAUGUACCCCAUGACGGUGGGGGGCAAGAUCGUGGGCUCGCUGUGUGCCAUCGCCGGGGUCCUUACCAUCGCCCUGCCCGUGCCCGUCAUCGUCUCCAACUUCAACUACUUCUACCACCGGGAGACCGAGCAGGAAGAACAAGGCCAGUACACCCACGUCACUUGUGGGCAGCCUGCCCCGGACCUGAAGGCAGCCGACAACGGACUUGGCAAGCCUGAAUUCUCGGAGGCCACCCGGGAGCGGAGACCCAGCUACUUUCCCACUCCACAUCGGGCAUAUGCAGAGAAGAGGAUGCUCACCGAAGUUUGACGGAUGCAGGCCGGGCCUGCACGGAAGGAAGGACACUGAACAAACGAUCCCUUAGGGCUCCUUGUCAUUCUCCACUACUCGCACCCCAGCUC